AUGAUGCUCCCAGCUCCCGCACCGCUCCCGUCGGCGCAUCGGCCGGGUCUACGUGAUACCGAGCCCGAACUCGAACCCGAGCCCGAGCCCGCGCCCACCAAGAAGAAGAUGUUCAAGAACUGCGACCACUGCCGCGCUGCCAAGCGUGCCUGCGACGCAAAGUACACAUCCCUCACCCACGCCCUCCAGACGGGCGUGGCGUGCUCAAACUGCCGCCGAAAGGGAAAGACGUGCACCUUCAACCACCUCAUCUCGACCUUUGGCGUCGCAGACCUCGACCUUUCCUCCAUCAGGGCCAUCGAAGCGUCAGGCCCGCCAACGUCGUCCUCCGACACCCGCCCAGACAAGCGGCGCAGGGGCGAUGAUUCAGGUUCGGACAAUUCGGACGGCGUCGACGAAGUCAUCGGCGCCCGGGACGCUGCAGUCCUUGUCCGGCAAGGUGGCGUAAACGUGACCGUGGUGCCACCGGACUCGUCGCCCUUGGCCUUCCAGGCCGCAGGCACUCGGCUCGCGACCAAUCUCGACCGCAUCUACCUCGACAAGGACCUCGUCAGCAUCUACGAGGGCGCCGCAGAGCAGGCGCUGCGCUGCUGGAUCCGCGAUACGCCCUACCUCUUCCUCGACCAGGCUCACCAGAAUCGCAACCCGUUCAACGACCAGACGUUGCACACUCGCGUCUGCCUCCUCGAUCGAGGCGCACGCAACCUCUUUCGAGGUCCGCAGCAUCGACUCGCCGCCUCGGAAAAGAUCAUCCACGAGGCGUUGCACGCCACCAUGUUGGCGUUCGCCGCGCAAUGGCCCCGGCAUCGAAAGAGGAUCGGCGACCACACAGACAAUUGGCUGCCCGACGAGGAGCGCAUCCGCCUUGAGCUGUGGCGCAACGCCCGAGAUCGCCUCAUGAUCGCGGCCGAGGAAGCACCCUCGUUCCGCGUCGUCUACGCCCUGAUCCUCUUUGCGUGGACCGAGAAGCCACGGGACGUCCCAACACAUGCCCACUGGCAGGUGGAGAGUACAGCGGCCGUCCAGACGGCCCUGUACGAGAACAGCGCCGUUGAGACGUCGAGCUGGCAGGACCCCGCCGAGGCCAGCACGAUGAUGCUCGCCACGGCCGGGCGCAAGCUACUCCAGUUCCGCAACCGCAUCAUGAAUCUUCGUCGCCGUGGCGUCGAUCCCUGGUCGGCGACGCAGCCGAACCGCUCAGCGCCUCUGGACGCCGAGCAGCUGCACCGCCGCAACAUCGAGAUCCAGCUCUUCAACAGCACGUGGCAGCAGACGUGGUGGCUCGGUGUCAUGAUCGACUCGGAGGUUGCCGUCCUGCGCAAGCACCCUCCCGUCAUCUGCGACGACGACACCGACCUCGUUCAGUAUCCGCUCAUUGCCGAGGUCGGCGGUGUCGGCGCGCCACAGCAGCAGCAGUUGCCCGGACCGCCCGGGCAACGCCGGCAGACGCGGAAGAUCUGGGACGACCUGAUCCUCUCGUGCAGCGAGCAGCGCGAGGCCGACUUUGCCCGACAAUGGCCCAACUGUACCGAGGAACAGGCGCUGCGCAUCCUCGGCUUCUCGGCUCCCGUCAAGGUGCUCCUCUUUCGUCACAUCGGCCGGCUGCAGGCCGCGUACUGGCGCACGGCCGAGCCCGACACCAUCGAGCGUCACAUCCAGCAGGCUCUCGACGUUGUCUUCCACUGGGAGCGAGUGUACCAGCCCUUUAUCGAGUCGUGCAUAUCGGCCCACGGCGCUUUGCCUCCAUCGAUACAGUCGUGGUACACGCUCAUUACGGCGCCCUGGAACCUGGCGGUCCUGCUUCUCGUCGAGCUCGCCCAAACCGUCGACCAGGCCUGCCUCAGCGAUCCGCAGGCCCGUCGCCUGCGCGAGCAGGGAGAGACGUUCAGCACGUUGCGUCGCAAGGCGUGCAACCAGACGGCGGCGCUGAUCCACGCUGUCCAGGCACACGAGCAGCAGCGGCAGCAAUCCACCACGAGCAGCACCGACGCCUUUUCCUUUGUCCACACCACGGGCGGCACCAUCCUGCACACCGAGCCGUGGGCCGAGAUCAUGGUCAACUCGUUCUUUUCCAUGGCCAAGAGCGAGAUACGCCUCUUUAAUGGGCUCGCGGCCAACUUUCAGUGGCAGGAGCUCGAGUGCUCGCAGCACCGCGUCGAAAAGUACCUCUGGGCGCUCGAUCAGCUUAGUAACCGGUCGCACCUCGCGGAGCUGGCCUAUCAGGAGAUCAAGACGAUGUCUGACUUUUGCUCGCCCGGACGCUCUGUGGGCGGCCCGCCAUCGCAGGCGAACCUGCAACCGCCGGUGGCUGCUUACGCGCCCGUGCAAGGGCUGGUCGGACAGGCACAACAGCAGGGCUUUGAAGCGGCAAUGAUGGCCGCUACGACAAGCGGGCUGUCGAGCAGCGACAUCGCUGCGCUCUCACCCAACACGCAGAUGUGGCAGGACUGCCUCGCCGCCCUCGGCACACCAUACCCGUCCGACCCACCGUCGUCGACGGACCAGUCUGUCGAUGUCGCCGCACCCCCAACCUUCCGGUCAAGCAGCGGGACGUUCCAGUCGCCAGACUCGUACCUCUCGUCCUCGAUUGGACCGCACCCAUCCACGGCUUCGUCGGCCGCAUCGGCAAGCGGCCAACAUCCUCCGCCAUUCCUCAACGACCUCGCCGCCACCACGGCUGCCGCUGCGACUUCGACGAUCGCAUCCUUUGCCGGCCUUUCGUCCCAGGGCAUCGAGGGGUACCCCGACACUUUUCCGCUCAAUCCGUCGGCCAUGCACACGCCAUCGAGCACGGUGCUGCCCCGCCACUUCUACGAGUUCGACUACGGACCUUCGCCCUCGCACUUCUCCCAGCCGUCCACCGGUGCCAGCACGGAUUCUGACUCCAUUCCCAGCGCACCUGCAACCAAUGCCGCCGCCGCCUCCGCUACGACCACCGGCUUUGCUUGA